UUGAAUUUGUUUGUUCCUGGAUAACCUUCGUUCCUUGUUCCUGAAAUCCUAGUUCCAGUGUUCUUGUUCCUGUGAUCUUGUUCCAGCAUUCCUUGCCUUCCUGGGUUGCUCCACAGUAUUACCAAACCAUGCAGGCCUUAAUAUUUGCAGUUGAGGAGAUUAAUGAUCACCCUGAGCUACUUCCCAACAUUACCCUUGGCUUCCAAGUGUUUGACACUUGCUUUAAUUUACGAAAAGCAGCACACGGGACCCUCUCAAUGCUUUCCGGAGGGAAUGAAACCACCGCUAAUUAUCACUGUAACAAACUGUCACCUCUUGCUUGUAUAAUUGGGGAUUCAGGGUCCUCAGUUUCAAUUAUAAUGGCCCAGAUCUUGGGACUCAACAGAUACCCACAGGUUCCUCUUUCCAAUUGCAGCCCAAGUUGUCCUACUGGGUUUAGAAGGGUGAUGGUAACUGGAAAAUCGCCUUGCUGCUAUGAGUGUGCUUUGUGCCCCCUAGGACAGACAUCAAACCAAACAGAUUCAGUGAAAUGUCACUUAUGUUCCUGGGACACAUGGCCAAAUCUGCAAAGAGACAAAUGCUUACCAAGAACCACAGAGUUUCUUUCCCGUGAAGAACCUUUGGGUUAUGGAUUAUCAGCAAUUUCCAUCUUCUCGUCUCUUGUUCCACUAGUUAUACUGUUCAUUUUUAUAUAUUAUAAAACAACACCAGUAGUCAGAGCCAAUAACUAUUCCCUUAGUUGCCUUCUCCUGCUCUCCCUGUUCCUUUGUUUCCUUUGCUCUUUAGUUUUCAUUGGUUACCCACAGCCUCAAAUGUGUCUUCUACGUCAGGUGGCAUUUGGGAUGGUUUUCACUGUAUGUAUCUCCUGUGUUCUGGCCAAAACCAUCACUGUUGUUAUUGCGUUUAAUGCAACCAAACCAGGCAGUAGGUUAAGACAAUGGACAGGAGUAAGAGUGUCCUACUUUGUUAUUGUGUUAAGUUCCUUUAUUCAGUUGGUCAUAUGUGUUUCUUGGCUUUUCUUAUUCCCUCCUUUCUCUGAGCUUGACACUGACACAAAACCUGGAGUCAUCAUUGCUAACUGCAAUGAAGGGUCACCCACUGCUUUCUGGUGCAUGCUGGGAUAUCUUGGAUUUUUGGCCACCAUAAGUUUCAUUGUUGCCUUCCUGGCCAGACGUCUCCCAGAUAGUUUUAAUGAAGCCAAAUUCAUCACAUUCAGUAUGUUGGCUUUCCUCAGUGUCUGGGUGUCCUUUAUCCCGGCCUAUCUCAGUGCACAUGGCAUGUAUACUGUGGCAAUGGAGGUCUUUGCUAUUUUAUCUUCCAGCUGGACUGUGAUGCUCUGUAUUUUUGUGCCAAAAUGUUUCAUAAUAUUGUUGAGACCCAACAUGAACUCUAGAGAACAUCUCAUGGGUAAAGUCAAAGGUCAAAAAUAAAAAAGUGUUGAGAUAUACAAAACGUGAAACUUAGUAACCCUCGUACCAAGUGACUUAAACAUAAAACCAAACGGUGGCCAUUGUUUAAUAUUUUAAAAUAGGUUACUUGAAUAGGUAAAAUACAGGAAUAAUGUCUGUAAUAGACUUAUACAUCUAUUGCUUUAAAUUAUUUGUAUGAAACAUAAUAAACAGAA